AUGGAGGACGCAGCAGCCGAUGCUGGCUUCGCGCCUCAGUCCGGCCCCUCCGCCCACCUGCGCCGACGCAUCUCGUCUACCGAACACACUCAGAUCCCGCCAUCCUCACGACCCGCCGCCGCCGCCGUCAAUGACCCCUCAGCUUCGUCAGAACCCGACACCUGUCGAAUAUGCAGAGGCGAGGCAACGCCCAGCGAGCCGCUCUUCUACCCUUGCAAAUGCAGCGGGAGCAUCAAGUAUGUCCACCAGGACUGCCUGAUGGAAUGGCUGUCCCAUUCUCAGAAGAAGCACUGCGAGCUGUGCAAAACCCCCUUCCGCUUCACCAAGCUAUACUCCCCAGACAUGCCCAAGUCUCUGCCCUUCAUCGUCUUCGUCAGCCACAUUGCCAAAUACAUAUUUCGCAACUUCUUGGUCUGGGCACGUGCCCUGCUCGUCGUCUUCGUCUGGCUCUGCUGGCUGCCCUACUUGAUGCGUAGUGUAUGGUCGUUCCUCUUCUGGAUCAGCGACGAGGGGCUUGGGGGUGGACAAAGUAUCUUCGCCAGCCAGGACGCCUCUUGGGACCGUCUGACAGGCACCUCAUUGUCCGUGUCCACAUUCGGAACCAGCGUGUGCCCCUCCAGCCCGCUCUUCGCUGCGACUACGACGGCGGCAGUCCUUGGCGGAGCAGGAAGCCCUCUCCAGACUGCGUCUGACGUUGUACCUCACAUAGUCAAGUCUCUCUACAACAUCAACCUUACAUAUAUCGAUCCAUUACCGAGCACGCUCCUACGGUUUCUCUUCGGUGCUGUCGGGCUUUCAGACACAUCGUCGCCUUUCAAUGCCUCGAAUAAUGCCGAAGGUGCUGCUUCGUCGACCGCCUACACGACUCCACCAACUCUAUUAAGCGACGUCAGCUUUCUCCAUAUGACCAAGUCUCGCAUGUUCAACCUGACCCUCAUCGCUGUGCUCGAAGGGCAGAUCAUCACAGUUCUGAGCGACAAUAGGACGCGCGUUCCCGCGGCCGAGGGAAGCACAGUGCAUGAGUACUUGAGGAUAUACCGUGAAGCUGGGGGUGAUCCGGAGAAGAUCCUGCAGAUUGCCAAGAAUGAACAGUUGGAGGACAAGUUGGCCUACUGGAUCAGACUUACUCAGUCAAUGGUAGAGAGGAGCAGACCCAGCGACGGGGAGGCCAUUGGUGAAGCUUCUACUUCGGCCAGGUCACAGAAGCUAGGGUCGGGCUAUGCGCCAUCCAGCUCUGGUGCUCCUGAAAUAUCGCGCUCUGGUACUUCCCGGAAUUCGGAUCGUUCGUCCGAGUGGGAGUGGCCCGACGACUUGCAAAGUAGUGAUAGCGGCUCUGCUGAGAAAGGCAAGGGAAAAGCAGAAUGGGAGAAUCUGCCAGAUUUCAACGAACUAGAGGCUGUUCGACGCCCUACACUGGAAGGAGCCCUCCCUCCACACCAGCCGGGUGGUCUUGCCCGGCUCCUAGCCGACUUCAUGUGGCAAGAUGUUGAUGCGAUCGAUCCUGGCGAGCUCCCACCGCUUCCUGACGAUGGCAAUGACUUUGCAGACCAUGACGAUCCAUUCGCACCCUUGGGAGAGGAUCCUGUUCCCCAAGAUAUAGAACGGGAUCGAGAAGUGGUUGAAGCUGCCGCCGCUGCGGGGCUUGAUGCGGAAGCCAUCGAGGAUGCUGAAGAUUUGGAAGGCAUCAUGGAACUGAUAGAGGCUAUUCUGACCAUCAACUCCGAGCUCGCAUACUGGAGUGCAAUGGACAGGACUUGGGCAAUUCUAGGCGGCUACCUUACGGUCUUUUUUGUUGCCGGUCUUUACCUACGGCGAGGCAGUCCAUUUUCACGGGGUCAGGCAGGGCAGGAGUGGGAAGCAUCCGUCAUCGAUGGUCUCAACCAAGCGAGCGGUGUCAUGAAAGUUAUCUUGAUCAUCGGCAUCGAGAUGCUCAUCUUUCCACUCUAUUGCGGCCUACUCCUCGAUAUUGCACUACUGCCACUAUUUGAGAACACCUCGAUCAUCUCGCGGAUCUUGUUUACCGUAAACUACCCCCUUACCUCAAUCUUUGUGCACUGGUUCGUUGGCACAGGAUACAUGUUCCAUUUUGCUCUCUUUGUGUCCAUGUGUCGCAAAAUCAUGCGCAAAGGGGUUCUUUACUUUAUCCGCGACCCUGAUGAUCCCGAAUUCCACCCUGUCCGUGAUGUUCUUGAGCGAAACGUCACCACCCAGCUUCGCAAGAUUCUGUUCUCCGCCUUUGUGUAUGGAGCUCUGGUCAUCAUUUGUCUUGGCGGGGUUGUCUGGGGGCUUGCUUACUCGAUACCUAACGUGCUACCCAUACACUAUUCAUCGAACGAACCCGUUCUUGAGUUCCCCAUCGAUCUCUUGUUCUACAAUUUCCUCAUGCCUUUGGCUGUCAAAUUUUUCAAGCCGAGCGAUGGACUGCAUGCCAUGUACACUUGGUGGUUCCGCAAGUGCGCACGUGCUCUUCGCAUCUCUUGGUUCUUAUUUGGAGAGCGUCGCAUUGACGAAGAAGGAACUUUAGUCUUGGCACCAGGCUCACCACAUCGCUCAUUGGCUUGGUGGAAGAGACAGCUUUUGGAACUGACUGAGGAUAACAACGUCAUCCCCAAGACAUGGAGGGACACUUUUGAGGGCGGAAAAGCAAAGCCCACAUCAACGAUACCCUCGGACGAUAUGAUCCACCUCAACGUGAAGAAGGUUCACCUAGUACAGUCUCAACAACUGAUCCCGGAUGGCCGCUUCGUCCGUAGUCCGGCCUCGGAUCAGGUCAAGAUUCCCAAAGGCAAACAAGUAUUCCUGGAUGUCUCCGAAAACAAUCUUCGCUUGGAUGGAAAGGCCGAUCUUGUAGAGACAGACCUCUACUCCACGAAUCAGUACCAAUUCGUGUAUAUCCCCCCGAACUUCAGGUUGCGAGUCUUCCUGUUCAUAAUGUUCAUUUGGAUAUUCGCCGCCGUAACCGGGGUCGGGUUUACUAUCAUCCCACUUGCCUUUGGCCGCCAGAUGUUCCACCUCCUCAUUCCGUCACAUAUUCGGACCAACGAUAUCUACGCAUUCAGCAUCGGCAUCUACCUCUUGGGAUCUCUUGCAUACUCUAUUGUGCAUAUUCAUUCAUUAAUAAAAAAUGCAAGAAACUGGACCAGAGACACGUUGUCAACCAUGCUCCAGCGCGAUGCUGUCCGCCGCGUCGCAAGAGUUGUUCGCCAUGGUGCGAAGCUCGUGUAUGCAUACUUGUUUCUACUCAUUAUUUUCCCUCUCAUGGUCUCGUCUCUCAUGGAGCUCUACUUCCUUAUUCCCCUCGAUACCUACAUGUAUUCUGCUAUUCUAUCCACGACAGUAACUCGGGAGACGGCUGCUUUAGGAAUACAUGGUCCUAAACACACCAUUCGCGUCAUUCAGUCUUGGACCAUUGGUGUAUUGUAUCUCAAACUUGGUGCUCGUAUCGUGGCAUCCUGGUAUCGCGACACACGUAUGACGGCUGCCAUUCGAGCGGUGCUUCGACGUGGGUGGCUCGAGCCCGAUGUCUCCAUUCUCACACGAGCGUUCGUUGUGCCGGGGGUGCUGCUAUGGGUUCUUGCUGUCGCGGGGCCUUUGAUAUCAGCACGAAUCUUCGUUCAGUACGGAGCCUUGGGUCCUGUGCCUGAUGACGCAGCUUUGACCCUGAUAUACCGCCUCAGCUUCCCCAUUGCAGCUAUGGGCGCCGUAGGUGCUUAUAUCCUUUGGAGCUUGAUCGACGUGUUCAGAAGCUGGCGAGUCAGGAUUCGUGACGAGGCUUACUUGAUUGGAGAGAGGUUACAUAACUUUGGUGUUGGUACACAUGUCUAG